AACACCUUACCAAACAUUUUGUCCACAGUGGAGCUCAGUUUCUACACAAAUGCGAACAAACCAGUAUGGCAGUCCUAUAAUGGGGGAAAUGUAUUUCUAUCGACCAUGUUCUGUUUUUCACUGAACUGAUGAGGUGAAUAUCAUAGACCAAGAUGUGAAAAUUUCAAUCUUCAUGACAUUGUAUGGGCUUCUGUAGAAUAUCAGAUGUUCUGAGGAGACUAGCAAUUUAGGCACACCAGGAACAAUGAAUCUACACCAAGUCCUCACUGGAGCUGUCAAUCCCGGAGACAAUUGUUUCUCUGUUGGAAGAAUAAACAGUGUGCCGUUCACGGCCUAUGCUUCUGGCUGUGACAUUGUAAUUUUGGGAAGUGACUUUGAGAGGCUUCAGAUCAUCCCUGGUGCCAAACAUGGGAACAUCCAAGUUGGGUGUGUGGACUGCUCUCAGCAAGGACAGAUUGCUGCAUCCUUUGGAAACAUAGUUUGCAUAUUUGAGCCUGUGCUGAUGAGCCCAAAGGAAAAUACGCCAAUGAAACAGAACUAUCACUGGCAAACUACCGGCCAGUUUGUUUUACAGUCCAUAGCACACAACAUGGCCUGGAGCCCCACAGGUAUUAGUCUUUUGACAGGUUCAAGUUGCCUACAGUUAUGGUCCAGUGUGAAUUUCUUUGGUAAUGCUGAAGAGGAGGUGGGCAGUGACCCUCUAUCUUCUUGGAGGUGUAUAUGGCACUGCAAAACUGCCUCAUCUGUUCACCUAAUUAAGUUCAGUCCAGACGGAGAGUUUUUUGCUACUGCAGGGCAGGAUGACUGUUUGGUAAAGGUGUGGUACAGCACAUGCAAAUGGCAGUCAGAUGCCACGAAGCUGUUCUCUCCAACCCAACUCAACUCUCAAGGGAAUCUGGACUUCUCCUUCAUCUAUCUAGCUCAUCCACGCUCGGUCACUGGCUUCUCCUGGAGGAAAACCAGCAAAUAUUUACCCAGAGGUGCUGUGUGUAAUGUAUUACUGACCAGCUGCAAAGACAGUGUGUGUCGUCUAUGGGCUGAAACACUGCUGCCCAGUGACUGCCUGAUCUCUGGACUAAGACAGAAUCGCAGCAGCAGCAACAACAACAAUGAUCCACUCAAAUCCAAUAACACAAAGAAGGCUCAUUAUAAUAACAAAGGCCAGAGUCGGAACCUGCCUGAGUUGAACCUGGCAGAAUUGAGCCGGGGACCAGUUAGAGGUUUGGCUCAUGCAAGGCUUCUCCCUCAGCAGCAGAAUAAGCAUUAUGCCCACAGAGCCCCCAUUGCUCACGCCAAUGCACUGUGCCACUUCCACAUUGCUGCUAGCAUCAACCCGGCUACAGAUAUUCCUCUGCUGCCCUCCAUAUCAUCUCUGAGUGGUUCAGAUGAUGAUGAGUCUGGUGGACCCUUCAAUGUUCAUUGGCUCAACAACAAAGAGCUGCACCUAACGCUUACCAUGGAGGUAUUCCUCCAGCAGCUCAGGGGCAGUUUGGAGAUUCCGAACCAACCACAGGAUGGCCAGGCUGAUGAUGACUAUGAUGAAGAGGGCAAUACUGUAGGCCCUGAAAGCAGAAACGGAGAGCCCAGCUUUAAAGAUGGAGCCUCAAUUCCUCUCCCUAAAGCUGCGAUGAAUCACCAGGUGGAGGUGUUACUGAAUGACUGGAACAAGGGAGCAGACAUGCUUUUUAGCAUCCACCCCAUGGACGGAUCUCUACUAGUGUGGCACGUUGACUGGCUGGACGAAUACCAGCCUGGAAUGUUCCGACAGGCACAGGUGUCUUUUGCAUCCCGAAUCCCUGUUGCCUUCCCUACGGGUGACGCCAUCUCCCUCAGCCGUAGUGUAGUAAUGUACGCCUGUAACAAAAAUGUGGAUUUGGCCAUCCAGCAUGGUCGCCAGCGUCCCCAAGGGGUACAAAGAACUUCUUCAGCCCUAAUUGGUCUGGGCCAAGGCAAGCAGUGCCCGAGCGGGCUGCGACUGAGUUUCUUUACGCCCAAUGUCCUGAUGAUCUCUAAGCAUUCUGAUGGCUCGCUCAACCAGUGGUCAGUGAGCUUUGCUGAAGGCUCAGCCUUCUCAACUGUGCUCAGUGUUUCACACAAGUCACGCUAUUGUGGCCAUCGCUUCCACCUCAAUGACCUGGCCUGCCACUCUGUACUGCCCCUUCUUCUAACAACCUCGCACCACAAUGCCAAGGUGUGCAAUCCCAUUGCCCAGUCAGUUUCUUCAGGUCAAAAAAGCCGGUCAUCCCUUGGUGCUGUUCCCCAGGACCCAAAUACAAUUUAUAGUGAACUAAUACUAUGGAGAGUGGAUCCAGUAGGACCCCUCUCAUUUUCAGGGGGUGUGUCUGAGCUGGCCAGAAUCAACUCGCUUCAUGCAUCAGCCUUCUCCAAUGUGGCCUGGCUUCCAACUCUAAUCCCAAGCAACUGCCUUGGUGCAUAUGGCAACUCGCCAAGCGCCUGUUUUGUAGCAAGUGAUGGCCAUUCAUUGAGAUUGUACCAGGCAGUUAUUGAAGCAAAGAAAUUGCUGAGUGACCUCUCCAAUCCUAAAAUAUCAAAAUAUGUGGGUGAAGUAUUCAACAUCAUAAGUCAGCAAUCUACUGCAAGACCAGGCUGCAUCAUUGAGCUUGAUGCUAUCACAGACUUUCAAGGGAAGGAGACCCAGCUGUUACAUGUGUUUGAGGAGGACUUAAUCUUGGGAAACCAGAAGAAAGAUGAUUCCUCACAGGAUGUUCCAUCUGUUGAGAAUGCCUCUGGCCUGACACUAUUCUGGGCUCGCUUCUUUCUGGUGGUGAUUGAACUUACCCAAAGCAGGAGAUCAAUCCUGCAUAUGUGGCAUCUGCAGCUGGCAGCAGCACCUGUUACAGUGGAAGACACCAAAAUCUCUGCCGAUAAAGACACUGGGGCUUCAGCAUUUAUUUGCAAUUUACAAAAUGACUCACAAUCAUCCCAUAAAUCACCACUUAGCAAGUCCAGCUUGCAAAGUGCCUGCCGCCUCACCUUGGCCAAAGAGAGAGUUUUCAGUCAGGAGAUGAACCUUCCAGAAGGGGUAGAGGUUAUAUCUGCCACACCAGCAGCAGGCCACUUGAGCUCGUCAUCACUGCAGCCAACUGGCCGGGCCCCAUAUCUUCUUGCGACAUCUUGUACAGAUGGAAUUGUGAGAUUCUGGAGUUGUAGAGUAGUUUCUGAUGAUGACGAUGAUGAUGAUGAUGAUGAUAAAACACUUCAUACAUCUUACAUCUGGGAGGAAUGGCCUUUACUGGUAGAAGAAGGUCUUGACAAUAGCAGUGCAGUGAACAUUCCUGACAGACCUGUGGCCAUUAGCUGUUGCCACACUAGCCGAGUAGCUGUGGCAUACAGGGACUCGAAUCCUUCCAGACUUGCCAGGGAUCCCCUCUUUCAUGUGAUCAUUUUCCAGUGUGAAUCCACUGGAGGGUCCCAGUGGAUAUUGGAGCAGACACUUGAACUGGAUGGUUCAAACAGUUUGACUAACAAUAGCUCAGAUAAACAUUUGCACGUUCCUAGCUUCGAGAAUGGUUUACUGAGUACUGCGGAUUGUUUACACAGCAGCGGUAAAAAUCUAGUUCAUUUGGACUGGGUUUCUAGAGAGGAUGGUUCUCAUAUAUUGACUGUAGGUCUUGGUUCCAAACUGUACAUGUAUGGACUGCUCUCAGGAAAACCUCCAGAGCUGGGGCUCUCAGACAACAGCAGGGAGCGUUGCUCUUCACGGCUUGUUCUGUUGCGUGUAGUGGAUCUGGUCUCCUCUGUAGAAGGCUCUUUGCCAAUCCCAGUCUCCCUGUCUUGGGUUAGAGAUGGCAUUCUUGUUGUUGGCAUGGACUGUGAAAUGCAUGUCUACUCUCAAUGGCAGCCUGCAGCAUUAUCCAAAUUAGCACUGACUGCAGGUGAUGCAAAUGGUGGCAGCAUGAGCUCACUUAACACAGCUCUAAAGCAAGAAGGACAGAUUCCCCAACCUUCUAAAAAGACUCUUACCAGGUCUAUGACCAGUCUAGCUCAGAAGCUUAGUGGAAAGAGGACAAUGUAUGACCUUCCAGCUGAAAUGGAAGACUGUGGCUUAUUUGAGGCUGCACACCACUUGUUUCCUACCCUCCCCCAGUAUCAUCCAGUGCAGCUUUUAGAACUAAUGGACCUAGGCAAGGUACGACGAGCCAAAGCUAUUUUGUCCCAUCUGGUUAAGUGCAUAGCUGGAGAGAUUGUGACUCUAAAGGACACCCAUGUCAAUCAGGAACGUCGCUUACGAUCCCUCACUAUUAGUGCCAGUGGGAGUACCACCAGGGAUCCCAGAAUGUUUAACAAAUCUGAGAGCUCGGACUACACAGAGAUUGACUCCAUCCCACCACUGCCCUUGUAUGCUCUGCUUGCUGCAGAUAAUGAUACAGCCAUCUGUGCUAAAACCAAAACAUCCAGCGUUAGUGGGGACAGCGGCCAUGGUUCCAGCCGAACAGACACCUAUGAUGAGCUUUUCCAGACCAGCCCUGUGAGCUUGGAUGACAUGGAUCUCUUAGAUGGUGAAGAGGAGGAUGCAAAAGCUAAGGUCAUUGAUCUGUCAAAAUACAGUCCUACUUUCUUUGGCCCUGAACACGCCCAAGUUUUGUCAAGCCACUUGCUUCACUCUAGCCUCCCUGGACUGACGCGAAUGGAGCAGAUGUCACUUAUGGCCUUGGCUGAUACCAUUGCCUCAACCAGCACAGACAUCAGGGAGAGUCAAGGAAAAGAUCAUGGUGGAGAGACAUUGGAUGAAUGUGGCUUGAAGUUUCUGCUUGCUGUCCGUUUGCACACUUUCCUUUUGACAUCAUUACCUCCAGUGCAUCGUGCACAGCUCCUCUGUCAAGGACUGUCUACAUGUCACUUCACUUGGGCAUUUCACUCUGAAGCUGAGGAGGAACUACUCAACAUGCUGCCCUGCAUGCAGAAAGCAGAACCCACCUGGCCAGAACUGAAAGCCAUGGGUGUAGGAUGGUGGCUAAGGAGCACCAAUAAGCUUCGCAGAUGCAUAGAAAAGGUAGCAAAGGCCUCUUUUCAAAGGAAUAACGAUCCCCUUGAUGCAGCCCUCUUUUAUUUGGCUAUGAAGAAGAAAGCUGUCGUCUGGGGAUUGUACAGGUCCCACAAGAAUGUGAAGAUGACAGCUUUCUUCAGUAACAACUUUAAUGAGGACCGAUGGAGGAAGGCUGCAUUGAAGAACGCAUUCUCUCUGCUUGGAAAACAGAGAUUUCAGCACUCAGCAGCCUUCUUUCUGUUGGCUGGUUCCCUCAAGGAUGCUGUUGAGGUUUGCCUGGAGAAGAUGCAGGACCUGCAGUUGGCCUUAGUGAUUAGCAGAUUAUAUGAGUCUGAGUUUGAGACAUCCUCCACUUAUAAAAAGAUUCUACAGAGGUAUGUGCUGGGUCAUGACCACCAGAUUCCAAUGCACCAGGAUCCCUUUCUACGUAGUAUGGCACAUUGGGUUCUAGAUGAUUACACACGAGCAUUGGAUACUUUGCUGGAGCAUUCCAAGCCAAAUGUUGAUCCUUUUCACCAAGAGUCCACAGAAUCAUCUCCUUGCAGUCCAGAGGUUUUCAACUUCUACACCUACCUCAGAACCCAUCCACUGCUUCUUCGGCGUGAUAAAGCUAAAGUGGGGCUAAAUGGACAAGGCAGCAUUGUUGACUCCAUUAGUCUCAUAGAACGGAGACUGUUCUUCACUACUGCCUAUGCUCACUUGCAAGCUGGCUGCCCUAUGUUAGCUCUAGAGGUUCUUUCCAAAAUGCCCAAAGUUAUUAAGAAACCUAAGCUGCUACAAAACCAAGAAAAAACCUCACCAACUUUUAGUGGUCCAGAAAACAAAAGUGGGAAUGACCAGGCCUCUACACUUGAUUGGUCCCAACCCAUGUUUAAUGGCUUUGGGUCUGUCUCAGACACCUUAUCUUCUCCACAAGAAGGUAACAGCCACUCAGACUCUGUUUUGAGCUUUGACUGGAGUCAGCCUUCCAUGACUUUGCAAGAUGAGUCUUUGGAGCUGAAGUGGGACAGUGAAAAAGAAGAAUCUGAAGAUGAAGAAGCUGGUAUAGCGAUGAAAACAAUCAAGCCAGAGAGCCCUGCUGCCCUUUGUGAAGCUCCUGAUUCUACCUCUAUGUCUACGGAAGUCAAUGUAGACAACUCCCUUGUCCUUUUUGAGGACAUCUUAGCUUCUCGGUUCAAGUUCAUUUCCUGUCUGAAGAUGCUGACCGCAGAGCUGCGGACACUUUCUACAGGUUAUGAGCUAGAUGGUGGGAAGCUGCGCCACCAGCUGUGCCACUGGCUGGAGCGUGAGGUGGUUGCCCUUCAGAAGUGUUGUGGGUAUAACCCUAACCUUCAGCAGGUGGCCGGGGGCAUAUCACUUGAUCUUGGCCAAGUCAGUGGUGCCACUGGAGAUGAGCAUGAGUACCAAGGGACUGCGGAGCAGGUCCGAGAGGUGCAACACAACCGCAGACUGUGGCUCCAGAGAAACCAGGCUCUGCUACGUAUCUUCCUCAGCUACUGCAGCCUACAUGGUUCCCAUGGAGGAGGAUUGGCUUCAGUCAGGAUGGAACUGAUUUUGCUUCUGCAGGAAUCCCAACAGGGUGACAGUUCUCAGAUUCCUGUUCAGCAACAAGCAUCAGUUCCUCUCCUGCUGGCCUGCACUGCAAGCUCCAAAACUGUUGUGGCCAAUCCUAUAGUUCACCUGACCAACCUGACACAUGACAUACUAAACACCAUUAACGCACUGGACUCUCCUCCUCACCCAGAUGUCAUUAACAACGAGAUCUAUGUGAUGCACACUCUGGCUGCCUCUCUGUCCGCCUGCAUCUACCAGUGUCUCUGUGAUGGACAUGGUUACAGUCAUAUCAACCAGUUCACAGGCACUGUCUAUGAGAGCAUCCUGCUUUCCCAUCAACAUCCUGUGCGAACUCUGAGUAUGGAUGAAGCUGUCAUACCCAACACUUCUCCAGCACAGUGGCCAGGUAUUAGUACUUUGGUUCGUCUCUUUGGUGCAACAGCAGAGGAAAACCAGCCAAGUGUGGGUGUGCUUCUGUGUGAGAUCCUCACAGCAGUCUUCCUCAGCUUGUUUGUGCACGGCCUGGCCACACACUCCAGCAACGAGCUCUUCCACAUUGUGGCUCACCCACUCAACAGCAAGCUGUGGGUGGCUGUGUUUGGUGGUGGGGCUCACCUUCCUGUAUCAGGAAAAUCCAGUACAGCACCGGCUCCAGCUGUGAGUGAGGACCAGGAAUGGAAACAGAAGCGCUUCAGGGUGCAUUCUUCCAGUAGCAGCUCCAGGGAGGUACCAGACAGCCCAGUCAGCCCCAAGCCUAUAGUAGAGCAAGAUGCGUCCCUUUUUAAAGAACGCUUUGUGCCUCCUGAGCUCAGUAUCUGGGACUACUUUAUUGCAAAGCCUUUCCUGCCACUGUCUGCAAGCCGAGUUGAGUACGAUUCAGAGGAAAGCCAGGGGAGUGAUGAGGACGAAGAUGAAGAUGAUUUUGACCCCAAUUCUCCUCUGCAAGAACAUUCUAACAACAAUUCAUAUAGCUGGUGUUUGAUGCGUGUGGCCAUGGUGCAGCUGGUGCUGGCCAAUUUGAAAUCGUUCUAUCCCAUGGCAGGCUAUGACCUUUUGGAUCUUCCUGUAUGCUCCCCACUGUGCCACUCAAUGAUUAAAACAUUACAGCGCUGGGAGCAGGUGUUACUGAAGAGACUGGAGAUUUUUGGUGGGCCUCCUUCCAAAUACAUCUCUACACAUCCAGUUGAUGGUACCAUGGCAUCUGGACCAGCUCUCCUCAGACACAAGGCCUUAUUUGAGCCCUCUAACACACCGUUCAGGUCCCAACACCAUUCUGCACUCUCUGUUAAGAGACUAUGGCAGUACCUAGUAAAACAGGAAGAGGUCCAGGAGACUUUUAUCCGCAACAUCUUUACUAAAAAGCGGGAUCAGACAGAGUCGGUUGAGGACGUCACUGACAGCUUGAGGUAUUCGAGGAUGGAGGAGCCUGGUCUCAGUCAGAUUGAGGCAGAUCUGGGUUACCCUGGUGGCAAAGCACGCAUCAUUCAUAAGGAAUCUGACAUCAUCACUGCCUUUGCCAUUAACAAGGCCAAUCGUAACUGCUUAGUAAUCGCAUCUACUCAUGACAUCCAGGAGCUGGACGUGUCCUCCAUUUUGGCCACUCAGAUCCUGACAUGGAUCGAUGAUGAAGCAGAGAUGGAACUGAAAGGCGAUGACUUCUUGGUGGUCCAAACCCGGGAUGAUUUCACCACUUUGCAUGGCACAACACCCUACACUCACAGCAGCCCUGGCACUCCAAUUAAUAUGCCCUGGUUGGGCAGCCAGCAGACUGGUAGAGGAGCAGCCAUGCUAAUCAAACGGAACCUUAACAACAUCAGGAGGAUGACGUCCCACCCUACCCUCCCAUAUUACUUAACAGGAGCUCAGGAUGGCAGUGUGAGGAUGUUUGAAUGGGGCCAUUCACAGCAGAUCAUCUGCUUUAGGAGCCCUGGCAACUCCAGGGUUACGAGGAUCAGAUUUAACUACCAGGGGAACAAAUUUGGUAUUGUUGAUGCAGAUGGAGCUCUUAGUCUGUGGCAGACAAAUACAUCAGGGAACACACCUAAACCCUACUUGACAUUGCAGUGUCAUAAUAAAACAGCUCAUGACUUUGUAUUUGUGGGCUCGUCAUCUCUCAUUGCCACUGCAGGCCUUUCCACUGACAACAGAAAUGUAUGUUUGUGGGAUACACUGGUCAUGCCACCCAACAGCCUGGUUCAUGGCUUUGGCUGCCAUGAGUCUGGUGCAACUGUACUGGCUCUCGCUGCCAAACAGCAGCUGCUGCUCAGCGGAGGAAGAAAAGGCUGGAUCAGUGUGCUGGACCUCACACUUAAGGUGCAGCGCCAGAAUUUCCAGGCCCAUGACUCAGCUGUUAAGGCGCUGGCUGUGGAUGCCACUGAAGGCUGCUUCAUCAGUGGCUCGGCUGAAGGCAACAUCAAGGUGUGGACCAUGUUAACGCAGAGCCUAUUGCACACUUUCCCGAAUGAACAUGCCCGGCAGUCCAUCUUCCGCAACUUGGGCACCGGCGUCAUGCAGAUUGAGACAGCACCAGGCAACCACGUCUUUUCGUGUGGCGCUGACGGCACCAUAAAAAUGCGCGUCCUGCCUGACCGUGUCAGCACCUACAAUGUGAAGAAUGAUGUCAGGUUCAUCAUUUAGCACAACUGAAGUGUUCGGAACAACUUUUGCACAGGGUAAGAUGAGCAAUACGAACCACUGGGAAGGGGAAAUUUGAUCCGAUAAAGUACAGCUUUGCUAAAACACUGACUGAAAUCUAGAGGAUGGACGCUCUUUCAUAUCACUUAAUUCUGGAACAGGCAUAGAACCAACAUUCUAUUUAAGCACAUUAGGUGAUAUAUUUUACCCCUUUUAAAAAUUUACAUGGGUAGUCAAAUACUAUUGGAACAUGUAUACCACAAAGGUAAGCCUUAAAAUAAUCUGUUGCUAAGCAGUGUUGUGAUUGUGGUCUAGAUAAAAUAGUGAAAAGUGUCCUUAUAUUUAUACCUGAAGUACAACCAUGGACCUCUGGCAUCUGUUGGUUCAAGUGAGGGUUGUAAAAACGUCUUUGCAUACUGUAGCCUACAUCUUUGUGACCAUUCUUAAAUUUAACUGCACUAGUUUCUGCUUGUAUCCUUAAUGGUAUGAGCAAGGUAUUAUGUGGUGAUGAUGAUGAUAAUAUAAACAGCGUUUAGUUAAUAAGAAGGUAUAGCAUAGUCACUGAUUGGGUACAUUCUAAACCUGUACAGUAAAAUAUGUAUAUCAGCGCAGGCAAAAGUUUUUCCAAAAACAAACUUGAACUUAAGAGUCAAGAAAAUUCUAGAAAAGAAAGAUACGACUUUUCAUACAAAGCACUUUUCUGUAGAGGUAAUCCAUAAGAAAUCUGAAUUUUUAUGCAUUUAUGUGUACAUAACUGGAAUAGCCUUGACAUAGUCCGUUACAAAUAAAAGCUAUUGCCUCCAACAAAGACAGAUUUUGGUCCAUCUGGGUCUGUCUGACAAGCUCAUUAUUCCUAGUAUAUUCUUUACUUUUCUCUAAUUAAAUGCUUUAGCAAAUUAUCAAGCCCUUGAAGAGUUGAAUCUCUCAGUAGUGCUGCCUCAUUAACAGCACUAGUGUAAAUCUUAAUAAAAAUUAGUGUAUCCUUCUUUCAUGCUGCCAAAGUUCAACUCCUAUCACUUCUAUGCCUUCAGCUUAUCAUUUUAUGAUAUGUUCUUUGAAUCAAAGGUAAAGGGUACAUAUUGAUAGCCUAUGGUGAAGUAGUUAGACUGAUGUUUUUGUCAGCCUUCUGAUUUAUUAUGAGGACUGAUUCCAGUCAGCCAUUGCACAAAAAUAAAACAUAAAAGUGUAAAAAUGUACAUUAACUUUAUUUCGGGGAGCAACUGAGAAGAAUAAAAUUAUUUUGUUUAUGUAAAUAUAAACCAAAGUAUAUCUUGAUUAAACACUUUAUUAAUGAUAGGCUACUUAAAACAUUUGUUUAACAAAAAAUAUUUAUGAUUAUUGUGUCAUUUAUAUUAGAUCUUGCAAAUUAUUCUCUUAAUAUAUUCUUGUUUUUAGAAAUGACUUGAGGCUAUUUUUUUUCCCUCCUUUGUUUUUAGUGCUUGCUAUAAGAUCCCCAUGCACACAUUAUAUUCUGAUGUCAUUUGUGUUGUACAUACAGGUUAUGCUCUUAAAGUAAUAAUCAUUCAUAGGAUUCCAUAUUACAACAAAAAUAAAUAAAUAAACAGCAUAUUGAGGAUCAAAUGUCACGUUUAAGGUGGAGUUAAAAGGUAAAGUGUCGUUGUAGUGUUUAGCUCGUCAGGCUAACUUUCAUCUCUGAAAUGUGAAUAUAUGCAAAUCCAUUGAAUUUUAUUAUGGAUAGAAAGACUAUUGUAAAUUGAAAAAUGUAAUCAUCAAAUGUAAUGGUAAAAUAAAUCAACUUGAUGCAACAUG